AGUCUCCUUUACUUGAGAAGGAAAAGUUUUGUGGCGCUAAUAGUUUUGGGGACUUCACGGCAAUGCAACUCGCAGUACAUUGAGAGCAGAGAAAACGUCAAUCUGUGGACACAGUAUACGCGUCAAACAACUAAGCAAUACGUAAUAAUUUAACAAAGAGGGGAAAGUGAAAAGCUGGGGAACUAGCUGUAGAAGCAUCAUGUUGGGAUGGAGCAAGAAGACAAAACCUGUACAAAAAGAAUCUAAGGCGCAUGAUUCAAAAACGCACGAUACACUACGAAGGCUGGGUGUGCUGGAUGACGAUGACGUGCGGCUGAUGAUGCAGGGCUCCAGCAUGGUGAAGGUGCGCUCCCAGCGCUGGAAGAAGAGCCGCAGCCUUCGCCUGCUGGAGGACGGGGUCACCGUGUGGUGCGAGUCCAGCAAGAGCUCCCGCAAGGCCAAGGACCAGCAGACCUUCUCUGUGGCGGAGGUGGAGUGCGUGCGCGAGGGCUGCCAGUCGGAGGCGCUGCGGGGGCUGGCGGGCUCGGUGCCGGAGGGCCAGUGCUUCACGGUGGUGUUCAGGGGGGCGAGGAAGAGCCUGGACCUGUGCUGCCCGAGCGAGGACGAGGCCAGCUGCUGGGUCCGCGGAAUCCGCACCCUGAAAGAGAGGGUGGCAAAUAUGUCCCAGAAGGAGAAACUCGACCACUGGAUCCGAGGGUACCUGAGGAGGGCUGACCAGAACCAGGAUGGGAAGAUGAGCUACGAAGAGGUGAAGCGGCUGCUGCAGAUGAUCAACAUCGACCUGAGCGAGCAGUACGCCCGCUCCCUCUUCAAGAAAUGUGACCGCUCGGGUGACGGGCGCCUGGAUCACGUGGAGAUUGAGGAGUUCUGCCGGGAGCUGCUGCGGAGGCCGGAGCUGGACGCGGUGUUCCGCCGUUACUCCAGCAACGGCUGCGUGCUGACCACCAUGGAGCUGCGUGACUUCCUGGGCGACCAGGGGGAGGACGCCUCGCUCGAACACGCCCAGAAACUCAUCCUCACCUACGAGCUUAACACCUGGGCCCAUAAACACCAGUUCAUGACGCAGAAUGGGUUCACCAUGUACAUGCUGUCCGUGGAGAAUGACGUGUUCAACCCCAAGCAUGCGGUGGUGUAUCAGGACAUGACCCAGCCUCUAGCCCAUUACUUCAUCUCCUCCUCACACAACACCUACCUCACCAAGGACCAGGUGACCAGUGCAAGCAGCACCGAGCCCUACAUCAGAGCUUUGAACCAGGGCUGCCGCUGUGUGGAACUGGACUGCUGGGAUGGAGACAAGGGGGAGCCAGUCAUAUACCAUGGACACACCCUCACGUCGAAAGUGCCCUUCAAGGAGGUCAUUGAGACCAUCAACGAGUAUGCCUUUAAGGUGUCCCCUUACCCCCUGAUCCUGUCCCUGGAGAAUCACUGCUCAGUGGAGCAGCAGGCGGUGAUGGCCAGACACCUGCGUACCAUCCUGGGGGACAAACUGCUCACCAAGCCCCUCAGCAGCCAGCCGCUGAAAAACCUGCCCUCUCCAGAGGAUCUGAAGGGGCGGAUCCUGGUGAAGGGGAAGAAGGAUAUUCCCCAUCUGGGGAAGAAUGACAGUUGCUCCUUCCCCUCCUCUGGCUCAGAGGACGAGGCAGUGGAUGUGAACAAGACCAAAGGGAAGAAGGACACCGGAAAGCCACCUCAAACAUCCAAGCUGAGCCCUGAGCUGUCUGCCCUAGUUAAUUACUGUCGCAGCGUGCCCUUCCACGGCUUUGAACACGCCUCCAAGAAGCCGCCCAGUGACAUGUCAUCUUUCUCGGAGAGUGACGCCCUCAGACACAUCAAGGACUCAGGGAAGCUGUUUGUCCGGCACAACAGCAAGCACCUCAGCAGGAUCUACCCCUCCGGCCAGCGCCUCCAGUCCUCCAACUACGACCCCCAGGAGAUGUGGAACUGUGGCUGCCAGAUGGUGGCGCUCAACUUCCAGACGCCAGGCGAGCAAAUGGACCUUAACCAAGGCCGCUUCCUGCAAAAUGGCCGCUGCGGCUAUGUUCUCAAGCCUGGCUUCCUGUGUCACCACAACUCCGACUUCAACCCUGAGAACACAGGCGGUGGACCCGGACACAUCCCAACUACGCUGACCGUUCGGGUCAUCUCGGCCCAGCAGCUACCGAAACUGAACACAGACAAGCCCAAUUCCAUUGUGGACCCACUUGUGUGGGUGGAGAUUCAUGGGGUUGGCAUUGACAACACCCGUGACAAAACCCACCGCGUUGAUAACAAUGGUUUUAACCCCUGCUGGGACUGCACCCUGACCUUCCAGGUGCAAGUCCCAGAGCUGGCCCUGGUGCGCUUCGUGGUGGAGGACCACGACCACACCUCCAAGAAUGACUUUGUAGGCCAGUUCACCCUGCCCUUCUCCAGCCUCCGAACAGGUUACCGGCAUGUUCACCUGCUGAAGGCUGAUGGCUCCAGUCUGUCUCCUGCCACUCUCUUCAUCCAUGUCAUGGUGUCCCGCAGAGGUGUCCCAAUCAGGACUGUGUCCAAACGCAUGGCGUGACCCCUCCGUCCCUCUAACCCCGCAUCAGCUGAUACACCUGGGGGAGAGUCUCCUCACAGGGGUGGAGAUGGAGGGCUAUGUUUGCCUCUGCCAGUACUCGUCUUAGCACCUGUGCAAAUCAGUAACUUCCUGCUUAGGAAAGGAGGUCAUCAUUGUGUUGGCCACAGUGGAGGUCAAAACUGGCUGGUUGCUGUAUGUGUUUGUAUGAAGGGAGUUUUCCAAUAGGCCUGCACACCAGAUGAGACUUGUUCAUUCAGCCAUUACUCCACAGGGAUGCUGGGAGCUUGCAGUGUUAUGUCAAUGGUCCACGUCCAUGUCCUUAUACCAGGAGCUGGAACUAAUUUUAGAAGGUUUUUACAUGUUUUAGUUUGAGUUUUAAUUCAGAGAAACUUAGCUUUUACUAAAGUGGUGGACUAAUCAAUUGCCUAUAAUGUCAGAUCUUAAACCAUAGUGACAACCUGUGAAAACACUGAGAUGAAGAAUAUUGACCCUUUUAUCAGCUAGCUGUCUCCCUUGCCAUUGAUCAGAUGCUGGGCUUUCCACUGGUGACAUGCAUGGAUUUUACUCCUACAGACAAUCUGGCUACAUUCAUGUAUGGAAGUUAGUUGGUUCUUAGAGGGGACAUUUGUGUUGAUCCAUGGAGAGUCAGAAAAAUAUUGACAAGAUUAAAUGUAUUCACUAAGGGUUUAGAGAAAAUGCAGUGAAAGGUAUAGGAUUUUACAGUUCUCCAAGAUCCUCUGCAUUGAAGUAGACAUUGAUCUGUAACUGUAGCUUUAAAUCUGCAGCAGUUCUGAAUUUGGCAAUUCUGUGCUCUGAUCGUGUCAAAGGCUAUUGUUAGGACCUUUUCUGAGUGAAUGUCCCAUGUAUGAAGCAGAUAUUGUGGGGAAUGGUUCAAGUCAUAGAAAGGCCAUCUUGCACCCUACAGAGCUGUUCCCUGGCUUCACAAAGGCAUUUACCAGAGGCCCUGCAUUUACAUCAUCUGUACUGAAAAACUCUUCUGGGGACUAAAGAAUGGUAAAUGGUGUCUCUAUUCACUCACUUCCCUGGGUUUAAUGUGACCCCUGGCUUUACCAUCAUGUCCUUAUUUUAAAAAGGCAUUGUGUAUUUUUUUAUAGUCACAUUAUCUCAUUUCACAUAUGCACUUAUGUCUGUGGUUUCAGUUUUCUUGUAGAUUUACUACAAGUGUGUAUAAAAGCCAGGUCUAAGGUUAACUGCAUAGACAGUAUGGUGCUUAGAAUUAUGAGAGUAAUGUAUUUUACUAUAUUAUGAAAUAUUGUCUGUAGAAAAUGAUGUAAAGUGAUCUGUUGCAUGAUGUAUUUCUUAGUUUAAAGUGUAUUUUGUAUGCUUUAGGUUAGAAAUAUUCAGCAUAACGUAGAUAAAUUUUAAUAGUAUAUUUUAAAAUGUAUUCCUUUUUUUCCAAACAAACCCCUGUAGGUCCACAUUGUAUAAUGGCCCUCAAUACAACUAGAUCAUUAGUGACCUGAAUUGACAAACUCAUUCAAAAGGCUAGAAUGUUUUUUUUUGUUUGUUUGUUUUAUGGCACAAUUUAAAUGAUUAGCUGAUAUGUCAUGUGCAAAAUAUCUGCUUGGUUGGCUUGAUACAGGCUUUUUUUAGCGAUUGAGAGCAGUGUAGUUUAGCCAAAACAGGGGUGUGGCUAAUAUGGGUCCUACGCAGAAUCGGUAGUUCUGAAGCCCAAAGGCUACAGAUUUGAGAGAUAGCUGCCAGAAAUAUGGCACAAUGUCUUAAAUACCCAAUAGCUGAGGGGAAUUUGUGAACAGCUCUCCUAAACAUUGGCCUAAACUCAGAUAUGCUUUCUUAUUUAACAAUUUCAGUUCAAGUGAACCUGACAUUGUUUUACUCGUAAAUCUGAAGGAGCAUACAUUUUCAUAUCAGUUUGUAUUGCUGUUAUAUAAAAUCAGCCAUUUUGGACAGAUCUGCAGCACAUGAAGAUGAAUACAACAGAAUAAAUCAAGACAUAUUGGCAUAUUGGUAUAAAUUCAGUUGGGCAUGUCUUUUUAUAUGCAGUUUUCUUAAUUCCUGUUUCAACCAGACAUUGAUUCAUUUGAAAUGUCUGGUUGUUUCUCUUAUAGCUUAUUCUGUUUAUUCUCAGUCCGUUUGCUGAGGACCUCUUAUGCCUUAUUUUCAGUGGAUAGCAAUGUUUACAUUGAUUGACAAGCUUGUGCACACAUCAUUUACGUUAGCGUUAUUAUGCAUUAGGGCCUACAGGUUUCCAAAGCCAUGACGCCAGUCUUUUGUGAUUGCCAUGAAGAUUCCUGCCACUUGUUUGCCAUCUUUGCCUGGUGUGGCCUGAAGAGGCGUGAUAGACACUGGGCCCUGCAAUAGUGUAGGCCCUGUCCCUCUUACGUAGACUCCAGCCUCAGCACAGAGACACAUCCUGGGAACAGCCGGUAUCUUUCACGGCCUGAUACAAGGCUUUAAGCGCACUUUAGCACAAGUGUCAAAGCAGGUGAAAAAUGCACUUAGUUCUAUUCACUUCCAAUGACUUGGAAAAACACUGGAACGUUUGUUUCUCUGAUGUCAAAAUACACACACCGUGUUGGCUGGUAUUUAGCAUAAUGAAGGCUGUUUUCAACAAAGAUGUUAAC